CGCUUCGCCGGCUGCAGCAAAAGAAGCGCACCCGCAGAGGGCCUCGUGGUGCAGCCUGUGAGCCAAUCGGGACGGUCCUGACUACAGACAGACACGGGACAACAGCUCAGAGGGACAUGGCGCCCAGCUCGAAACCUGAAAAGGGCGAUAGCAAACAGAAAACCCAGAGAAAACACAAAGACCAUGUCGUGAAGCUUCUCAUGCGUGGGAAGCUGUCGGGACAGUUUUCACAGCGCAUGUUCAGGAAGCUCCCACCGCGAGUGUGUGUCCCUUUAAAGAACAUUGUCAGCGAGGAGUUCCUGAGAGCAGGACAUAUUUUUCUUGGCUUUACCAAAUGUGGCCGCUAUGUCCUAUCCUACACCAGCGACUGUGGAGAAGAUGAUGAUUUCUCCUUCUACACCUACCAUCUCUAUUGGUGGGAAUUCAAUCUACACAGCAGACUCAAACAGGUCCAUCAUGUGCGACUGUUUGCGGGAGAAGAAAUCUACAGUGACCUGUACCUCACUGUUUGUGAGUGGCCAAAUGACCACUCCAAAAUUGUCAUCUUUGGUUUUAACACACGUAGUUCAAGCUCUGUACUGAUGAACUUAAUGAUGAGUGAUGAGAACAACAGAGACAUCUACAUCACCAUAGCCUCCAUGCCUCCUCCUAAACCCUGCUCUUACUGCUGUCCAGUUCCCUCAGUCUCCACCAUACGCACUGGAAGUGGUGAAUGUCUAGAACAUGGAUAUGUGCUUAAUAGCAGGUACCAGGUGGUGUAUCCGUUCCCCACGUUUCAGCCAGCUUUCCAGCUGAAGAAGGACCAGGUCAUCUUGUUAAACACUAGCUAUUCUCUGGUGGCCUGUGGCAUCUCCCUCUGUCCAGGUGAGCAAGGCCAGUCGUCGCAGAUCCUUUACACCAAGAGAGCAGCUCCAUCGAGUCCAGCCUCUUCGUCUUUUUCCUCCACCUCCUUGGCCUCUUCUUCCUCUCUACCUCAGGGAUCUCCCGAAAAUCAGCUGCCGCCUAGCAGGCCUACUCCCAUCCCCUCAUCUCCUAGCCAUUCACAAGCAGCCAUGCGAGCCAGGGAGUUUGCUGCUGACCUCUUCAGGCGAGCCCAGGGAGGAGGAGUGAAAGAAAGCGAAGUCCAAGGAAGCAGGAGAACAGCUGAUGGCGGUGAAAAAGAGGCAGUGACAGGAGACAAAGGGAUUAAUGCAGAGACUCCCAAAGAGGAUGAUGAUUGUAAAGAGUGGAGAGUGGAGGAGCAACGGACUAGUUUACUGUUCGCAUCAACCUCAGGUGGGAGCCCGGGCCUCCCACAGGCCUCUGAACUAGUGAUGUCUCCUGCCUCUUCUUCCUCUUCACCACCAUCCACUCCAACCCAGUCCACAUGCCAGGAAGUCAACCCCAACGAGCCUGGAUAUGUCAACUACUCGCGCUUGCACUAUCGCCUACCACAGCCCGGGGCAGCGGAGCAGAGUACAGGAGGUUAUGAAGAUGAUAAAGUCCAGCUGCCUUUCACAGUCACUGAUCUGAAAGGGCGAAACCUGCAGCUGGUUACGGGGCCGUACAAUGGACAGAGUGUGUGUGUGGAGCAGUUGACUCUGGAUUUUGAGUAUCUUAUCAAUGAGGUGAUCAGGAGCGAUGCAGCCUGGGCCCCACAGUUCUGCUCCUUUAGCGACUAUGAUGUGGUUAUACUAGAGGUGUGUCCUGAAACAAACACUGUGAUGAUCAACAUUGGUCUGCUGCUGCUAGCGUUCUCCAGUUCUGAUGAGGAGCACUGCAGGCCGAACACAUACCAUUCCAACCUGCAGGUUAGCUGGGACCUAAACACAGGUGUGUGCUGCACUGUGGGUGUUGGUGAUCUAACCGAGGUCAAGGGUCAGACCAGUGGGAGUGUGUGGAGUUCUUACAGGAAGUCCUGUGUCAACACGGUGAUGAAGUGGCUGGUACCCGAGAGCAGCUCUCGCUACAUCAAUCGCAUGACCAACGAAGCUCUGCACAAAGGUUCGUCUCUUCAAGUGUUGGCAGAUAGUGACCGAUGUACCUGGAUCGUGUUAUGAAGAAUGAGGAACAGAAAUAAGAGCACACGUACAUGUUAACAUGAGUCUGGAGCUCAUCUUUAAUAAGAGCAAAGCUGCACACGUUCAGAGGUGUCAUGGAGUUGAAACGUGUGUCAAUUUAAUCCAGAACUAAGAACGAUGCUCCAGACGAAAUACUAUAAAGAAGAAGUACUUUACUAUAAAGAAGGAGUUGGUUUUUGCAACUGUGUACUGUAUUAAUGUCAGCCACCAAAACCAAGACCUGGACUGAACAACGAUUUAGUUCUUACUUUUUGUUUUUAUACUUAUUUGUUUAUGUAGUGUUGCAGCUGUUGUUAACUAAAUGUAUGCAAUAUCUUUACCUGUGUGAUAUUGACAUGGUGACCCAGUGAAUAGGUGUGUGUAUGGAAGUGUACCGGUGGUGAAAUGUUUCUGAACAAGUUUCUGUUUCAGUCUGGACCAGUUCAGUCUGGCUGUGAGGUUUUAUAGGGCUGCAGUAUUUAAAAUGACACAGCUCAGUACUUCUACACUUCUCUGUCCUUUGUUUUGAACCUGUUCUGGAAAUAAGAACAUUCUACUGGGAUAUUUUGUUAAAAUAAAACGUUCAAAAGCA